CGAGGAGAACGCACCGCGGACCCGAUCAGUGAGUCCUCUCAGAGAAUGUCUGUCUCCACCCAGCUGGGUCUGCUGCUGUGGAAGAACUUCACCUACAGACGCCGGCAGACGCUUCAGCUCCUGGUGGAGAUCGUCUGGCCGCUCCUCAUCUUCUUCAUCCUCAUCGCCGUGCGGCUCAACUACCCUCCAUACGAACAGCAUGAGUGUCACUUCCCCAACAAGGCGAUGCCGUCGGCCGGCACGCUGCCCUGGCUUCAGGGAAUCCUCUGCAACGCCAACAACCCGUGCUUCAGGAGCCCGACGCCGGGCGAGUCUCCGGGGGUCGUCGGCAACUUCAACGACUCCAUAAUUUCUCGUCUGUUUUCGGACGCCAAGAAGAUUCUUCUGUACAGUCAGAAUGAUAAAAACCUGGAUGGAUUUAAGGAGCUCGCAACGGCUCUGCAGGAGCUGCAGAAGAGCCGAUCAGGAUUCAAGUUGAAGCACUUCCUGCGGGACAACGAGACUCUGUCUGUGUUCCUUGUGAGAAACGCCUCGUUGUCUGAACUAAACGUCCAACAGAUCAGAGAUGCCGACGUCGACCUGGAGAAGGUCCUCCUGAAAGGUUUCGGCGUCCACCUGAGGGACAUGUGUCCCAGUAAGGGAGGCCAGCGGCGGGUGGAGGACUUUGUGACCAUCGCGGACCAACAGGUGUCACUGCUGGUACAGGAAGUCAUCUGUCGGGCGCCGCUCACCUGGCUGAACCUUGCUGAGGAGCACUUCCUGAACAACCUGGACUUCCUGAAACCCAUUCAGAGGGACGUGAGGUCCGACCCCGAGGCCGUCAAACUGGUUGCCAGGGCGACCAACAACCUCCUGGACAGUCUGGGUUCACUGGCAGUCGAGUUGGCCGGCAUGAAGAGCUGGGUCGACCUGAGGAACGAGAUCGUGUUCCUGACGCAGAACGCCACGUCGUCGCCGAGCACCAUGUACCAGGCCGUGUCUCGGAUUGUGUGUGGUCACCCGGAGGGCGGCGGCCUGCAGAUCAAGUCCCUCAACUGGUACGAGGACAGCAACUACAAGGCCCUGUUCGGGAACCACAACAGCAGCGAGGACGAGUCCACGUCGCUGUACGACAACUCGUCCACGCCGUACUGCAACAGUCUGGUGAAGAACAUGGACUCCAACCCGAUGUCCCGGAUGAUCUGGACAGCCCUGAAGCCGCUGUUGAUGGGGAAGAUCCUGUACACCCCCCACACCCCCGCCACCCAGAAGGUCAUCCACGAGGUGAACAGGACCUUCCAGGAGCUCGGUGUGUUCAGAGACCUGGGCGGGAUGUGGGAGGAGAUGAGACCCAAAGUCUGGAACUUUAUGGAGAACAGCGAGCAGAUGGACGUGAUCCGGACUCUGCUGAAGAACAACGCCACCGCCAGAUUAUUUGGCGCUCAGCUGUCCCACACCGACUGGACCGUGGAUGACAUUUCCAACUUCCUGUCCAAGCGGGAAGUCAAGAGGCCCGGCGGCGCCCUCACCUGGAGGGAGGUGUUCAACGAGACGGACCAGGCGGUCAUGAGCAUCUCCCGCUUCAUGGAGUGUGUGAACCUGGACAAACUGGAGCCGGUCUCCAGCGAGGAGCGACUGGUCAACCAGUCCAUGGUGCUGCUGGAGGACAGGAAGUUCUGGGCGGGGAUCGUGUUCCCGGACAUCGACCCCAACGCCACCGAGCUGCCGGCCAAACUCAACUACAAGAUCCGCAUGGACAUCGACAACGUGGAGAGGACCAAUAAGAUCAAAGACGCGUACUGGGACCCGGGUCCUCGUGCCGACCCUUUUGAGGACAUGCGGUACAUCUGGGGCGGGUUCUCGUACCUGCAGGACGUCAUUGAGCAAGGCAUCAUCAGGGCGAUGACGGGCACCAAGGAGAAGACGGGCGUCUACAUCCAGCAGAUGCCUUAUCCCUGCUACGUGGACGACAUCUUCCUGCGGGUGAUGAGCCGCUCCAUGCCUCUCUUCAUGACUCUGGCGUGGAUGUACUCGGUGGCGAUCAUCCUGAAGAGCGUUGUGUACGAGAAGGAGGCUCGUCUGAAGGAGACCAUGAGGAUUAUGGGAUUGAACAACGGCAUCUUGUGGUUCAGCUGGUUCAUCAGCAGUCUGAUUCCUCUGCUGGUCAGCGCCGGCCUGCUUGUGCUGCUGCUGAAGAAGGGGAACCUGCUGCCCUACAGCGACCCUGGCGUGGUCUUCCUCUUCUUCGGGUCCUUCGCCGUUGUUACCAUCAUGCAGUGCUUCCUCCUCAGCACGGCGUUUGCCCGUGCUAACCUGGCCGCCGCCUGCGGAGGAAUCAUCUACUUCACCCUCUACCUGCCCUACGUGCUCUGCGUGGCCUGGCAGGACUACAUCGGCUUCGGAGCCAAAGUCUUCGCUAGCCUCCUGUCCCCAGUGGCGUUUGGGUUCGGCUGUGAGUACUUCGCCCUGUUCGAGGAGCAGGGGGUCGGCAUCCAGUGGACGAACCUGGUGUCCAGUCCUCUGGAGGAGGACGACUUCAGCCUUCGCACCGCCAUCAUCAUCAUGUACUUUGACUCCUUCCUGUACGGAGUCCUCACCUGGUACAUCGAGGCCGUGUUUCCAGGUCAGUACGGGAUCCCUCGACCGUGGUUCUUCCCCUUCACUAAGGCCUACUGGUUCGGAGAGAAAGAAGGAAAGUCCAACAAAGUCCCGCUGAGCCGGAAGGAAAACCCAGAAGCUGUGUGUAUAGAGGAGGAGCCGGCUCACCUGGAACCCGGAGUCUACAUCGAGAACCUGGUGAAGGUUUACCGUCACGGGAAGAAGCUGGCGGUCGACGGACUGACGCUCGGCUUCUACGAGGGACAAAUCACCUCCUUCCUGGGACACAACGGAGCCGGGAAGACCACAACCAUGUCCAUCCUGACCGGUCUGUUCCCUCCGACCUCUGGUACCGCCUACAUCCUGGGCAGAGACAUCCGGACUGAGCUGAGUGCCAUCAGACAGAGUCUGGGAGUCUGUCCUCAACACAAUGUCCUCUUCAGCAUGCUGACGGUGGAGGAGCACAUCUGGUUCUACGGUCGGCUCAAAGGCCUGUCGGAGCAGCAGGUGAAAGGUGAGAUCGAGCAGAUCCUGCAGGACACGGGGCUGCCUCACAAACGCACCUCCAGGACCAGUGCUCUGUCCGGCGGCAUGCAAAGGAAGCUGUCUGUGGCACUGGCCUUCGUCGGGGGGUCGAAGGUCGUGAUCCUGGACGAGCCCACGGCCGGUGUUGACCCUUACGCCCGCAGAGGGAUCUGGGAUCUGCUGCUGAAGUACCGACAGGGUCGGACCAUCAUCCUGUCCACACACCACAUGGACGAGGCGGACAUCCUGGGCGACCGGAUCGCCAUCAUCUCUCAUGGGAAGCUGUGCUGCGUGGGCUCGUCUCUGUACCUGAAGAACCAGCUGGGGACGGGGUACUACCUGACGCUGGUCAAGAAGGAACCAGAGCCGUCGCUGAGCUCCUGCAGGAACUCCUCCAGCACCGUGUCCUUCACCAAGAAGGAGGAGGAGUGUACCUCCGUCAGCAGCAGUGACGCCGGACUCGGCAGCGAACAUGAAAGUGAGGCUCCUCCCAUCGAAAACGGCCCAGCGGCGUCCAUCUGCAACGUCCCCUUUGUGCGUCCCGACGUGUCCCUGGUCUCGGGUCUGAUCCUGAGUCAUGUCCCCGCCGCCCGCCUGGUGGAGGACCUCGGACACGAGCUGACCUACGUCCUGCCGUAUAGCGCCGCCAAGGACGGAGCCUUCGUGGAGCUCUUCAAAGACCUGGACCUGAAGCUGACCGACCUCGGCAUCUCCAGCUACGGAGUGUCCGACACCACGCUGGAGGAGAUUUUCCUGAAAGUUGCUGAAGAUAACGGAGUCGACACUGAAGUUCCCUCAGAUGGAACACUUCCUGUCCGGAGGCGGAGGAGGACUCACGCCUUCGGUGGAGGAGACCAUCAGAGCUGUCUGAGACCUUUAACAGAGGACGACGACAAGGACUGCAACGAGUCUGACGGAGAUCCAGAGUGCCGGGAGACGGACUGGUUGAACUGUACCGACGGUAAAGGAUCGUAUCAGGUCAAAGGUUGGAGUCUGAAAAAGCAGCAGUUUAUAGCUCUGAUGUGGAAACGAUUUCUGUACGCUCGACGCUCAAGGAAGGGCUUCUUCGCUCAGAUUGUCCUUCCUGCUGUGUUUGUGUGCAUCGCUCUGGUCUUCAGUCUCAUCGUCCCUCCUUUUGGAAAAUAUCCCAGUCUGGAGCUGCAGCCCUGGAUGUACGAGGACCAGGUCACCUUCAUCAGUGACGACGCUCCUGGAGACGCCAACAUGCAGAAGUUGUUAGGCGCUCUGCUGGACGCACCGGGCUUCGGGACUCGCUGCAUGGACGGAUAUCCCAUCCCAGACACUCCCUGUACGAUGGGUGAUGAGGACUGGCGGACUCCGGAUGUCCCUGAAAGCCUCCAGCAGCUUUUCACCUCCUCAAACUGGACCAUGGAGGAUCCGUCUCCGGCCUGUUUCUGUAGCUGCGACGGCAAGAAGAAGAUGCUGCCGGACUGUCCUGCUGGAGCCGGAGGACUGCCCCCCCGAGGAAUGACUGUCGUUGUUCAGAUGAAGCUGAGCUCCACCGACACUCUGCAGAACCUGACUGGAAGAAACAUCUCUGACUACCUGGUGAAGACGUACGCUCAGAUCAUUGGCAAGAGUCUGAAGAACAAAGUCUGGGUGAACGAGUUCAGGUACGGAGGCUUCUCAUUGGGCGCCAGGAGCACUCAGGUCCUCCCACCGGCCAAUGAGAUCGACGACGCCAUCGAACGAGUCCGAAAGAUCUUUGAGCUUCAGAAGGGAGCGGCAGCGGAUCGAUUCCUCGACAGUCUGUCUGGUUUCAUCAACGGUUUGGACACAAAGAACAACGUGAAGAUCUGGUUCAACAACAAAGGCUGGCACAGCAUCGGGUCCUUCAUCAACGUGAUGAACAACGGCAUCCUGAGGGCCAACCUACCUGAGGGGAGCGACCCAACCCAGUACGGCAUCCGGGCCUUCAACCACCCGCUGAACCUCACCAAGGAGCAGCUGUCACAGGUGGCUCUGGUAACGACCUCUGUGGACGUCCUGGUGUCCAUCUGUGUGAUCUUCGCCAUGUCCUUCGUCCCGGCCAGCUUCGUGGUCUUCCUCAUCCAGGAGCGAGUCAGUAAAGCCAAACACAUGCAGUUCAUCAGCGGAGUGCAGCCGCUGCUCUACUGGGUGGCAAACUUCAUCUGGGACAUGUGUAACUACGUCGUCCCGGCAACGCUGGUCAUCGUCAUCUUCAUCUGUUUCCAACAAAAAGCUUACGUAUCGUCCACCAACCUGCCGGUCCUCGCUCUGCUGCUGCUGCUCUACGGCUGGUCCAUCACUCCUCUCAUGUAUCCGGCCUCCUUCCUCUUUAAGAUCCCCAGCACCGCCUACGUUGUCCUCACCAGCGUCAACAUCCUCAUGUUACGUUCCCCUCUGGAGUGGGACAUGGUGGGAAAGAACCUGUUUGCGAUGGCUGUGGAGGGAUUGGUGUUCUUCAUCAUCACCGUCCUCAUCCAGUACCGCUUCUGCAUCAAACCCAGGUCGGUCAGUAAACUCACCAAACUGGGAGCACUGGGAGACGAGGACGAGGACGUGGCCCGAGAGAGACAGAGGAUCGUCCACGGCCUCGGACACGGAGACAUCCUGGAGCUCCGGCAGCUCACCAAGGUGUUUAAACGGAAACAGAAACCGGCAGUGGAUCAACUGUGUGUCGGGAUUCCACCUGGAGAGUGCUUCGGGCUGCUCGGGGUGAACGGAGCUGGAAAGACGACGACCUUUAAGAUGCUGACGGGGGACACGCCGGUGACCAGCGGAGAGGCCUUCCUGGCGGGGAAGAGCAUCCUGAGGGAGAUCGACGCGGUCCAUCAGAACAUGGGAUACUGUCCUCAGUUUGACUCCAUCAACGAGCUGCUGACAGGAAGAGAACAUCUGGAACUCUACGCCGUCCUGAGAGGAGUACCAGAGGAACAAGUCUGUGACGUGGCAGAGUGGGGCAUCAGGAAGUUGGGUCUGAUGAAGUACGCUGAGAAAAGAGCUGGAAGUUACAGCGGAGGAAACAUGAGGAAGCUCUCCACCGCCAUGUCUCUGAUCGGAGCGCCGCCCGUCGUCUUCCUGGACGAGCCCACCACCGGCAUGGACCCCAAAGCCCGGCGGGCCCUCUGGAACUGUAUCCACAGCAUCAUCAAGGAGGGACGCUCCGUCGUCCUCACCUCCCACAGUAUGGAGGAGUGUGAGGCUCUGUGCACCAGGAUGGCCAUCAUGGUGAACGGCAGGUUCAGAUGUCUCGGCAGCGUCCAGCACCUGAAGAACAGGUUUGGUGACGGCUACACCAUCAUCCUGCGGGGGGGGCCGGACGCCGACCUGCUGCCCGUCAUGAAGUUCAUCGAGAGCGAGCUGAGCGGCAGCACUCUGAAGGAGAAACACAGGAACAUGCUGCAGUACCAGCUGCCAUCUUCUCUCACCUCCCUCACACACAUCUUCUCCAUCCUCGCCAAGAACAAGGACCUGCUGAGGAUCGAGGACUACUCCGUCACCCAGACCACCCUGGACCAGUAA